AUGAUGUCCACAGUUAUUGCACGGCAAGCACCUGCAAGGGAGGCACAUGCACUGUUUGAGGAGCUUUUGCGGGUGCCCCUGUCGGUCGCGGAGGAAGAGCAGCUGAUCAACUUUUUCUGCGAGUUGGCCGACCCCAUGUGGUUGUGCCAUGUCACUUUGCACUUUCUGGAAUGCAAGCGACCACAAGCCGCCCUCUUGCCGACUGCAGGCCUCCGCGAGCUAUUUCGGGAGGGAAGAGCGCAGCAGCCAUACCGGCCUGAUGUGCGCCAACGAGCAUUUGCCACGCUGGAGGUGAUGCAGAGCUUCUUGCGCCUCAUGCCACUGCCAGCAUCACAGCUGAAUGCGGCAGCACGUGUGCGAAGCCAGUCAGGCCAGCCCGUGCAGCACCUGGGAACACUGCCAACGCGGGUGCCCCACAAGGGCACUACACCCCGGCCUGUGACACGGGUGGCUAAAGUGCUCGCCACCAUGGACCCUGCUGAGGCAUCGAAGCCUCCGAACUUGCCACUGCCUCCUACCAGGGGGACGGCGAGGGAAUCGCCUGCACAAACUCCCGCAGCAAGAGGUCGUCGCCCGAGCCUCAACAGUCUGGUGGACGCAGAAGCUCAUGCACUGCUGUGCACACCCGAGCAUUUGCAGCGCCUUAAGGAGGGAACCCCCUCUGUGCCGCAGCCAUCAACAAGCACACCAGCCUCCAUCUUGAAACGGCGAGCAAAGGACCUUCCGCCGGUGGCAACCACCACAGCGGCUGGAAGCGAUGCCGCGGAGGGAGACCUGGGGACUUGCCCGACACCUCCGGUGCUCAAUGAGGAAGUCUGCCCGACGCCAGAUCCACUGGUCCGGAAACUGAGGUUUGCUGUGUUUGAUUCCUUCAGCUCGGAGAAUAGCCCCAGCCUUGAUGCAACGCCUGAAAGCAUGGAGGAAGAGCCGUCCUUCGUCUCCCAGACCGAGCAGAUGUCAACCGAAGAGCAGACAAGCUCACCAAGGGUGGAAGCAGAUGUGUCGAGUGACCGUUCAAGCCAGUUUCAGACUGCCUCGGAAAGUGAAAGCGAGGAUUCUGGCACUGACCUGCAGGACGGCCCAUCGGAGCCCGUCCCGGCGUCAUCGACACCGAAACAACCACCUCCUGUUGUAGAACCUGUAGGCACAGAACUGCAGGCAGAUGGCAACAAGGCACAGAUGUUGGGUGCUAGUCCACUUUCCCCUGGGCAAAAGGGACUGCUGCCAGCAUUCCUGAUCCGUGAGACUGCAAGGCGCUUGCAGGGGCCAACUGUGCUUGACACCACAUUUGCUGAAUCGCCAAGGCCAGCUGAUGAAGCAGCACCACGUCAGCCAAGUGACGGCAGCCCUUCAACAGCAGCUGUGCCAUCAAGCCCUGCAAAAAGUGACAAGACUGCUGACGAGGAUGAUCUGGACGGGACUCCGUUGGCCGAUGAAGGCGAAGAGAUGGGACUCAGAGGUGAAGAUGUGCCGCGGCUUUCAUCAAUAACCACAGAGCCAAGUGGAGGGCCAGCAGCUUUUCCCAAAGAAAGGGCUGCAUCUCAGAUGCCAGGGGGCUUCUCAAAGGAGCCUGCGAUGUCCGCCGAACCAGUGGAAGCCACGCCCCUGCAAGGCGACGACGGAACAGAGCUGGCGGACGAUGUGUCACAGCCGUGCUCCGAGGAGUCUUCGGUGACCCUGCCUCCUAUGCCAGCGCUCUCGGUCACCGAAAGCUACGCUACCAGCACCGAGGUCAGGGUGGUCGAUGAUGUGCUCACGGCCACCACCUCCGAAAGUAAUGCGUCGCAGCCCUACUCCGAGGAGUCUGCAAUGUCCCUUCGCUUACCAGCAUUUGCGACCUCCAAGGGACACACCAUCAUGGGGGAAGCCAGAGCUGCCGAAGAAGUGAUUGUGAUCAGCGCCUCUGAAGGCUCUGAAGACUCUGAAGUUGAGCAAGAAGACGACGACGAGAUUUUCAUCGUAUCGGAUGCCUCUUCAGAUGCGCUUCCAGAAGUGCUUCCCACCCGCAUCGAAAGUCCGGAGGACAGCUGGUCACGGAGCUGUGGCGAAACCACCUUGCAGGAGGGUGACGUAGUGCUGACAGAGCUUACCAGCGUGCCCACUACGCAGCUCACCGAACCACUCGAAAUGCCACGAGAAUCGUCAGUGGGGCCGGUGGCAGCAGCAUUCGACGUGGAGGAAGUGCACGUUGAGCGGUCACUUCCAGGCUACACAGUCUGCCCUUCGGAAGAGGAGGGGUCGUUGCCAAAGCCAGAAGACUAUCUCCAGGCACCGGACACACCAGCAACUCCGGCACAGCCGGAAAGUAGGGCUGUUGGGGAAUCUUACGGCUUUGUCCCUGCUGUAGACAGCCCACCUGUAGUAGGGUCAGGGCGUGGCGACAGGGCUACUUUGCCUGAGGAAGAGGCGUCAUCACCUGGCAAAAUUACAUCCUCUUUUUUGGUCGUCACCCCCUUGAAGCAGCCGCCAGCACCCACUGCCGUAGCUAGUGAUGUGGAAAGUGAUUCAGAGGGUGAUGCAGAGCUCUCUGAAAGGCCACUUUCACCUGUGGCAUCAUCAGAGCAUUCGUCUUCCAGAGGUGGUGAACACGAGACUGGGCAUGACAGCUCUGCAGAAAAGGCCCUAAGGACACCCAAGCACAAGGCUGAGCUUGACAAGAGCCCCGGAAAAAUGGUUGUGACUUCCUCCUACAACUUGAGGGAGAAACGAAGGUCCACGUGGAAGGAAGAGGAGAACAAGGCGUCCAAGGCAAAUCAGUCUAGGUCACGAAGAAAGAGCGAGACUGUGUCACCAUCCGUACCACCGCCACCGGCCAUUGCCACCAGGUCGGGACCUGGCCGUGAAUCGGAUACAAGCCCCGAAAUUGCAGUCGCACCCAAGCGGAAGGUGCGGGCUGCCAGUGAGGAACCGUCGACGCCGCACAGCCGUGUAAAGGCCAAAGCGCUAGCUGGCUCGCUUGAGAGGAAGCGGGAGAAAGCAAGCUCGGUAAGCCCGAAGGGCAUAAAGCAAAGUUUUAAAGAGAAGGCACAAACACCGAGCGCUAAGGCAAAAAGCACCAGAAAGGUCGCCACUUCUGCUGCUGCUGGUGAACCGGCAAAGAGGUUAGCGACACCUAGACCAAGCAGAACAUCUGCAGCACCCAGCUCAAAGAAAGCAGGACCAUCACAUGAUGUUGAGAGGCAGAAGUCACCCAGUCCCACUAGGCAGUCAUCCUCUAGUCCUGCAAGAACACCAAUGCGCCACUCAACAAGAAAAUCUGCCACUCCAAGCCCUACGAAACAAAAGGCACUGCAGCGUGCGACACAACCGUCUGUAGCGGGCAGCCCCAAGUCGAAAUCAGCAGUUCAUAGCCUCCAAGAGAAGACAUUCGAGGCUUCAACUCCAUUGAAAAUGUCUUUGCGCACGCGCGGUCUUGCUGAGGCAAGCACGCUUGGCCAUAUGGGAAAGACACCCGAAAAGGUGGUGCCCAGCACUAGAGCAAGCGACACGAGGCAGAAAAGAUCGGCAACGCUUAGUCCGCCUGGGCGAACUGCCCGUACACCAAGCCCUGCACAGGGAUCACCCCUAAGCAGUCCUGGAAAGGCGAAAACACCAAGCCCAGAGAAGGCAGAGGCCCCGAAGAAGAGGCAGCGGCGCCAUUCUUCAUCUUCUGCAGUUGCUGCACGGGAGUCGUCACCGGUACCUGGACCCAGCAAGGUCGAGACUCCCUCCAAGCGAGCAAGUAGCAGGGUGCUGAGAACACCGAAGCGUUCUUCAUCAGCAGACGUUGCGGAAGAGCCACUGCCGGUGUCAACGCGGCGUAGUUCCCGCCUGACGCCAGACAAGCAGCCGGGAGCAAAAGAGCACGAGGCCGAGAGGCCCAAGCUACUCAGUGCUCGGCGCAGAGUUCUCGAGACCAUCGCCGAAGUCGACACCUCGCCAACCAAAAGCGACGCUGAAACAAGCCCAACAGCGCCCUCUACGCGGAAGGGUCGCCGAAGUGUGUCAGCUGAGCCCGGCCAGAGUGCACCACCAAAGCGAUUGCUUCUGGCUACACGGCGCAGCCGCAGGGUCUCUGGAAAUGUGGCAUUGGACAUGAUUGCCGAAGCCCCUGAGGCCGAAGAGGAACGGGAGCCACAGCCAACCACCUCAAGGCAGCAGGGAAGUCGUUCCAAGCGCAAGGCUGACACAGAGCUUGAUGCUGAGGGGUUCAAGCUUUCCAAACCAAUGGAGAUUGCUCACAAGGGCUCCAAGUCUACACCGCCGAAAGGAGAGUUUGUGUUCUCGCCUCCUGUGACGCGGCACCGCCAGCAGCAUAAAAGCCAGCCAUCGCGGGAGCCAGCCGAUGCGGAGCCAGCUCCGGGCAAAGAGGAGGCCCCAAAAAAGAAGCGGCAGCAGCGCCUCAAGAUAGUGACAACAUUGAUGAAGACGCCCGUGCGCAGCAGAGUAUCCGCUGCCAGCAGCAGCGGUAGCACACCAUCAACGAGGACACCGAGACUAAAACCAACUCGUUACAAGCGCAAGCCGAGAACACUGGAAAUUCUUCUGCCUACAUCUAAUCGACGAGCCGCCACUGCUGCGUCUGCCAGCACUGCCAAGAGCGAAAAGAAGAGCACGAAGAAGAGUGCUGAGUAGUUAAUUAAGUCCUUGCCUUUAAAUUGAGUGGGCUCCAUAUUGGAGUUUGGUGAGACAGAUGAAGGUAUCCUGUAAUGGUGUACUUGGGAUGUACAUAAAUGCAGUAGUGCUCCCUUUUUUGCAAAUGUUAAAGCAGCUUACGCACUACUUAUGGCCACUGCUACGGAAAAAAAAAAUUUAUAUUGUGUAAAAAACAUUGGUUCUGAUUUCACCUUCUACAGCCUUAUCAGAAUGUGAAAGACUCCUUGAUGUUGUGUGGUAGCUACUUUCACAAGCUCUGUGUUUUAAAUUGCAGUAUUAAUACAGGCGCAGCACCGGACACAAUAAUUUGUUUUUGCUUGCCAAUGUUUCAAUUGUAGCAACUUUAUGAAUGGACCAGUGCGUGAUGAUGAUGAACUCAUAAAAUGGCACGAGCAUCAAUUUUUCUGAGCCUAACAAAUGUUGUUCACUGUGUUCUUCUGCAGGUAUGGCAGGUUUUGCUUUGCAGCAUGCACAGGAUAGCACAGAUGUGAUUUAAAAUAUGUGGAAGUGUUGCAGCAACAUGCGUUUGGAAUGUAUUUAAAAAUAGUGUCCUGGUUUGUGCAUAAGCACACAUGCUUGUGUGCGAAUUUUCUUAUGGUAUCUUUAUGACGAUGUAGUACAUGUCAAUCAGCAAAGGGGAGUGUUGCCCAGGAAUUCAGCUGUAUAUUGCAAUGUAUAAAGGUAACUUCAUAAUUUAUCAUUUGCGGGUCGUUUUAGUAGCCGGAAGGGGCUUGGAGAGAGCCAGCCGACUUAGAAGUGUAAUGGCAAUUGCUCGUGUGUAAACACAGCAACGUUGUUGCUUGCUGCAGCCGAGGUGUACAGAAUUAAAAAUUGCAAAGUUAGCAAUUUCGCGCUUUUUAAAAAUUUAUUGUUUUACUUGUGUUCUUAUUUUACACUGUGACGUGGGAAGAAAAUGCAGGCGUGAUCGGCCACUGAAUGCACUUCCAUAACUGUCAUAAUAAACUUAAUUCAUUGUCUUCAA